AAGGUGUGUUUGCACGGAUAGACACGAACAUCACGGGCUGCCUCUGCGUCUGUACCGUCAGUGCCCCUCCCUCUCUCACUCCCAGCAUCACUGUCAGCCCCGUGAUGCUGUCAUAAACCGGAGAAUAAAUCCCGUUUAACGAUCGUGAAGGGGGCCGUCGUAUUUUGUGAAUCGUUUUUAUGGUCGGCUGCGUUAAAUUGUAAGUACAGGCCUAUAAUGUGUUAUCGGAUGCGACCUCAUUCAGAGACAUAAUAAUACAACCCGCUUGUUGCUAUUUUUAUUUGGGCUUGUGAGGAUUCGUGCGCAUCUUACAUUGUGUAUCCGCGGCUGGCGUGAAUAAUACAUUUCUAAUUGACUCGGAGGUUUUUUUUUCCAAGGGCAUCAGUGAGCGGCACAGUGCGGCAGCGAUGUGCACGUCUCACGGCUAGACGGAUCAAGAGGAAAUGAGCCUAUUUCUGCUGCUGUAGUCUUUGAGUUUUCAGAGUUAUCAGCCAAAUCCAGGCUUUUUUUGCACUCCGCUUUAGCUCCUCACUCGGUUCACCGCCUGGCUGUAGCAUGCGACGUCAUGAGUUGAUCGCGCCUGACAGAUGUUGCUGUGUUGCAGUUGCACAGGGAUAGAUUCUCCGCUUGCUCUCGCUGUUUUUGAGGGGUGCUUCUGUAAAAAACGGUUCGUGCGAUACAUUGUGAAUCCUCGCUUCGUGCUCGUAACAUUCAUUUAGUCUUCGGGAUUGCAUAAAAUGAUACCUGGAUCUGCCGCAUCAAUGCUACCGUCUGCAGAAGCUGCGAAAUUGUACCAGACAAAUUACGUCCGCAACUCCAGUGUCAUCGGACUUUUAUGGGCCAUCUUCACUAUCCUGUUCGGUAUUGUUAACGUGAUCAUCUUCUCUCAGCCCUAUUGGAUUGGGGAUGGCGUGGAUACGCCACAGGCCGGCUACUUCGGCCUUUUUCACUUUUGCGUCGGAGACGGUAUCUCCAGAGACGUGGUCUGCCAGGGUAGCUUCACUGAGUUCGCCGAGAUCCCCUCCACUGCGUUCAAGGCCGCCUCCUUCUUAAUCGGUAUGUCCAUGAUGCUGAUUGUCACCUGCAUCGCCUGCUUCAGUCUCUUCUUCAUCCUCGGCACCUCCACCGUGUACAAGAUCUGCGGAUGGAUGCAAGCAUUAUCAGGUGUCUGUCUGGUGCUGGGCUGUAUGAUCUAUCCUGAUGGCUGGGACAGUGACGAGGUCCGGCGGAUGUGCGGAGAGCAGACAGACAAAUACAGCCUGGGGGCCUGCUCAGUGCGUUGGGCCUACAUCUUGGCUAUCAUGGGCAUCCUGGACGCACUCAUCCUCUCCUUCCUGGCCUUCGUCCUGGGGAACCGGCAGGACGGACUCAUGUCAGAAGAGCUGCUGGCUGAGAGCAAGGAGGGAGGCAAUGCCUAACCAAAUCUUAAGGUUCCUGAAUUUCCAUGUGUCUGUUUUCAUGAAGUACCAGUCAACUCUCAACAUCAGCUUAGAGGAGGGACGCCAUCCAGAUCUGUGAAGGAGAGGAAUACUAUGGAACCAGCCAGCCUGCCUUUCUCAUCUACCUGCCAAAACCCCAGUGUAACCUACCCUCAAAGUCCAUCCAUUUUGCUUGCAGUCCCUGAAUCAUCCCCAGCACUUAGAUGGAGCCCAAUGCACUUCUAUCCCAAUGUGUCUACAGACCUCACCCUUGCACAACAUUGCAUAGACCAUGACAGGGGCAGAGACUGUUAUUCUAUGGAGAAGUAUAUGGACUUCCCACUACCUACCUGAGAAGGCACAGGGUUGACAUUGUACACCUGCAGUACGAGCACAGACACAGACACACACACACACACACACAAACACACACACACACACACACACACACACCGACUCACUCAAUGCACAAACACAACUCAAUGCACAUACAGUACAUUCAAACAAAAAAAAAAUUGACAAACUGUAAUUACAAGUAUUAAACUAUGUUAACACUUAGCCGUGUGUACCAUCGUCAGAAUGUGUGUCAUGUUUUAUUUGUGAAAAGAAGAAAUUGCUCAUUUUCAGAUAAUAUCGAGUUGAUGUAAAUCUAUUGUGUUUCAUAUGUAAAGUUUGACAAUGAAAGUUUUAGUUUCUUUUUUUUGUUUUUGCUCAUACACCCCUUUGUUCCCUUUUCAUUUACUGAAAAAAAAAUAUAUUUAAGAUGUUUUAUAUAAGAAUAUUAUCAUCUAAAAGAGAAAAAAACUUGUAUUAAAAAGUAUGUACAGUGAAUAUUAAAGAUGUUCUAGCAAUUUUAACUAAAUCCAUUCAAUGCCCUGCUAGCUAAAUUUGCACAGCGCUCCAGUUUAAGAAGAAAUCUAAUAUUUUAUAGUCUGUGGUAUCUACACUGUGAUGGGGCUAUUAGAACUGUGUGCUGCAGGACUUGUAGCCACUGUGUGAGUGUGCUUUCUAUGUGUGUGUGUGUGUGUGUGUGUGUGUGUGUGUGUGUGUGUGUGUGUGUGUGUGUGUGUGUGUGUGUGUGUGUGUGUAUGUGUGUGUGUGUGUGUGUGUGUGUGUGUGCGUGCGUGUGUCAGUGAGUGUGAGUGCAUGCACAUGUGAGUGUUGGUGUGAAUGUGUUGUGUGCUAUAAUAGUUGGCCUAAAGAACCAAUAUGCCAGCCUCACACACAAUUGUCCUGUUGUGUAGCUAAAUCUGUCGGUCUCUGUCUUUGUCUCCAGCUCUCUCUUUCCGUUUUUCUCUCUUUGACUCCCCUUUUCUCGCUUUGUUUUGUUGGGACAUACAGGGUAACAUGAUGGCGUUGGAGUAUUAUGAAUAGUGACUGGUGUGCCUGAGGAGUGAACUCUAGCGGUAAUGGAUCAGUAAGGCCUGUCCCUGCGUCACCUGUAGAUAUUUUCCUGUGUAAAUAAAUAUUCUAUAGAUACCAAACAAUUAGCAAAUAUGGAGAAGGUUAACUUGGAACAAUUAAAGAGAUUCCUUCAAGAAUAUAUGAACAAUUAAUAAAGGUUUUCACUGUAAAAA